GAUAUGUUCCGUGCGCAGAAGGAAUACUACAUGGAGCCAGAUGUUUUCCCGCAUUUUCUGAGGGGCAAAGGGUUUGGAAACCUCACUCCCGUGUCUGCGUUAGUCCGACUAGUUGCGGAUCUCAUUGUGCUGUGGAUCGGCCUUGCCGCCGGCUUUUCCUCGAUGUACAGGCUAAAUCAAAGCAAAGUUUCGUGCGAAUUCGACCCCAUCCUCGUUUUCCUCGGAUGGCCAGAGUCGACACCGUUCCGUACGCUCACCAUCCGCGAGCCGUAUGUGAAGAGAUUAUCAUUAGGCCGUGCCAUCUGGGUUACAACUCUUGUCCCCACUUGCGUCGUAGUGCUGACACUCCUUUUUCUG